UACCGAGAAGAGGCCGAACAGCAGCCGACAACCUCGGCAGAAACCGGGCUGUGGAACCGCCGGAGCCUCGUACCGCCCCUGCUUUGUUUAACCGUCAACAGAGCCUGACAUAGCGGAGCCGGUGGUCCGAUUACACCGUCUAACUGUUGGGAUAUACAACGCCAACGGAUCCACACUUUAGGGGGUUGAUGUGAUUUAUUUGGGCAGAAAAGUAAACCCCUUUUUAAAUGGCAACGGCUGCUCGCUGCCGGCGAAUAUAGACCGGACUCAGCUGAUCCUCGGCAGAUCCAUGUGUCCUCGCUGGUUUUUCUAGCAGCAGAUCAUCUUCUUCCCUCAGUCUCUCCCUCCUUCGGGCAUCAUGUCGGCGGCUCAGACCCAGAAGGAGAGCAGCGAGGCAGGCUGGCCCGGCCUGGAGGCUCUGGGUCUCAGUCAGAAGGAGCUGGUUCUGGCCGAGGCGCUGCAGAUGGAGUACGACGCUCUCUCCAGACACAAACAGGACCAGAGCGGGACAGACACCAGCCAGACCCGCUCCAGAGCGCCCAGCCAGACCCGCUCCAAGACCCCCAAUCCCACCAUUGAUCGCCCCCGACCCAGAUACCCCAUCCCUGCCCCCGCUGGAGGAAGCCUGCUGAGAGGUCUCUCUGGGUCCGACCCCUCCCUGAACCAGAACCAGCCUGGAGGCUCACAGUCUCCUCCCUCUAUCCCAGCCAGGGUGCUCCCUCCUCGGGGAGGCUUCGUCACAGAGUCCCUGUACAUCCUGGAUGCUCCGGAGAUCUCCAGCCUCGGCUCUGGAUCCGGGUUUCCUCCCAAAGGCUUCCCGUCUUUUCCAGAUGAUAUCCCGCCCGCCCUGCCCCCGAGAAACCCCCUCCCCCCAUCGUCGGAAAACCCAUUCCUGCCGUCUCGUGGGUCCAACGCGCCGCGCGACGUGAACCUGUUCACGCCUGACGUGGAUCCGCCCAAAGUUUCCGCCGCAGAGCUGAACUACGACAACAUCAACGACUCGCUGUCCCGACUCAACGAGAGCCGGACGGGGCCGCGAGGCCGCAGGGCCAACUCAGGGGACCAAUCGGGGAAGCCCGUGGCUCGCAGUAAGACCCUCCCCCCUCAGGUCCCGCCCAGGACGUACAUACCCGUUCCCAAGAGCAACAAGAACCUGCGGCGGGUUUCUGCAGACCUGGUGUCUCUGGGCUCCAGGAUGAACGGGUUUGGAUAUGAACUGUUCCAGGUGUCUGAGGAGAGAGACGAGGAGGUGGCUGCUUUCUGCCACAUGCUGGAUGUGUUGCGUUCAGCGUACCCGCACGGCGACCAAUCACAGAACAGCGGCUUUGUGUGGUCUCCGUCCGUCGGCGUGGAGGAGCUGCAUCAGGGUCUGGGCGUCAGCGUGAAGGUCACCGUCAUCAGCGAGCACUUCAGAGAGCCGCUCACCUUCACCUGCGAUGGUUCGUCCACGGUGGACCUGCUGAUCUAUCAGACGCUGUGCUAUGCUCAGGAUGAUCUGGACCACAUGGACGUGGACGACUACCUGCUGAAGGUCUGCGGACACGACGAGUUCCUCAACAACUCCGAGACUCUGGCCGGUCUGGAGUUUGUGCAGCAGUGUCUGAAGUUUGACUGGGACGUCCGACUGUUUCUCACCAAGAGAUCCUCCAUCAACAGGGCGCUGUGUCGCACGAAAGAAGAUGACGAGACGUUGUCCACCAUGAACCACGGCAUCCUGCUGCAGGAGCGACCAAUCAAACAGACCGUCACCAGGGAGGCUCUGACUCUGCUGCUUGAUACUUUUCAUAACGAAGCCGAGUCCUUCCUGCUGUCAGAGGUGGAGCUGUCGCUGCAUGUGGAGCGUCUCGUCCAAUCAGUGAAGGCGCUCUGCAGCUCGUUGGCUGCCGUGGAAACGCCUGACGUGACCGCCGCCCUCAGCCAGCUCCCAGCAUGCCCCUGUCGUCUGCAGCCCAAAGUCCUCAAGGAUGCAUCAGUGCUGGCUGUCAGAGAGAACAGAGAGAAAGUGGUAGAGAAGUUGACGGCAGCCAUCUUGGAUCUGGUGGACCUGUAUUGCAGCACGUUCAACGCCAACUUCCAGCCGCUGGCGCCGAGCCGCGGCAGCACGGCGCCGCUGCAGGAGGCGGGAACCGUCACCAACGUGCUGUCGUUCAAUGUGCACGCCGCUCACCGCAUCCCCAUCACCUGGGCCGCCAGUUACGAGGGCUUCUUCCUGUCCUGCUCCCUGACUCACGGAGGGGCGGAGCUCUGUGCGCCGCAGCACACCAGCAAACAGGCGGUCAGCAAAUACCUGUUCCACCUGGUGGUGUGGGACCAGAGGGUGUGUUUCCCGGUGCAGAUUAACCAGCUUCCCCGGGAGUCCCAGCUGACGGUGACGCUGUACGCCAGCGCUCUGCCCCCCGGCGGUGGCGAGGAGAAGGGGAAGCAGCGCCGCACUGCCGAGCCGCUGGGCUGGGUCACCAUGCCGCUCUUCAACUUCAGACACGUCCUAACAUGUGGCAGGAAGUUACUCGGUCUGUGGCCUUCCGCUCCGGGGAGGACAGGAAACGCCCGGACGAGCUCGCCCAACUUCAGCCAGCCGGACAGCGUGAUCCUGCAGGUGGACUUCCCCACGUCGUCCUUCGAGGUCCGGUUCAGCACUCCUCCUCCGGCAGACUUCUGUCCCCAGUAUGACUUCUCCAGACUGGACACCGUCAGUCAGAUCCAGCUGCAGGACGUCCUGCACAAGAAGGCCGUCUUCUGGCUGACGGUGGAGGACAGGCGUCUCCUCUGGGAGAAGAAGGCUUUCUGUCAGGCGGAGAGUGCAGCGCUGCCUCUGGUGCUGGCCAGUGCCCCCUGCUGGCAGUGGGCCUGCCUGCCUGACAUCUAUGCCCUGCUGAGACAGUGGGCCUGCCUGGGACACCUGGACGCCCUGGGACUGCUCCACGCAUCGUUCCCGGACCAGGAGUUGAGGAGGACAGCCGUCCAGUGGAUGGACUCCAUCUCUGAUCCAGAGCUGCUCGACUUCCUGCCGCAGCUCAUCCAGGCUCUGAAGUACGAGUGUUACCUGGACAGCUCUCUGGUUCGUUUCCUCCUCCGGAGAGCCAUCGGGGACGUCCGUGUCGCUCACUACCUCUUCUGGCUGCUAAAGGACAACCUGCAGGACAGUCAGUUCAGCGCUCGCUAUCAGCACCUUCUGGCCGCGCUGCUCUGCUGCGUCGGCCGUGGCCUCCGCGAAGAGUUUGAUCGUCAGUGCUGGCUCGUCUCCGUCCUCGCCACGGUGGCGCACAAAGUCCGAGACGCAUCGCCGUCCAACAGACAGUGUGUGCUCAGAGAGGGUCUGGAGGAGAUGAAGCAGUUCUUCUCGUUGAACAGCAGCUGCAGACUUCCUCUGAACCCGGCUCUGCUCGUUACAGGAAUAAACAUCCAGUCAUGUUCCUUCUUCAACUCCAACGCUGUUCCUCUGAAACUGUCCUUCCAAAACUUUGACCGUCUGGGAGAAAACAUCAGCGUCAUCUUUAAGUCCGGAGACGACCUGCGGCAGGACAUGCUGACUCUGCAGGUGAUCCGGAUCAUGAACAAGAUCUGGAUCCAGGAGGGUCUGGACAUGAGGAUGGUCAUCUUCAAAUGUUUCUCCACAGGCAGAGGACGAGGGAUGGUGGAGAUGAUUCCUCAGGCCGACACUCUGAGGAAGAUCCAGGUGGAACACGGAGUCACCGGCUCCUUUAAAGACCGACCGCUGGCCGACUGGCUGCAGAAACACAACCCAACAGACGAGGAGUACGACAAGGCGGUGGAGAACUUUAUCUUCUCGUGCGCCGGCUGCUGCGUGGCGACCUACAUCCUGGGAAUCUGCGACCGCCACAACGACAACAUCAUGCUGAAGACCAGCGGCCACAUGUUCCAUAUCGACUUCGGCAAGUUCCUGGGACACGCCCAGAUGUUCGGGAACAUCAAACGGGACCGCGCCCCCUUUGUUUUCACCUCCGACAUGGCGUACGUCAUCAACGGAGGAGACAAACCGUCGAGCCGCUUCCACGACUUCGUGGAUCUUUGCUGCGAGGCGUACAACCUGAUCAGGAAGCACACACACCUAUUCCUCAACCUGCUGGGCCUGAUGUUGUCCUGUGGGAUCCCUGAACUUUCUGAUCUGGACGAUCUGAAGUAUGUCUACGACGCGCUGAGACCUCACGAGACUGAGGCCGACGCUACCAUGUACUUCACCAGGUUGAUAGAGUCCAGUCUGGGCAGCGUCGCCACCAAACUUAACUUCUUCAUCCACAACCUGGCUCAGAUGAAGUUUGCGUCCUCGGAGGAGCGGCCCGCGCUCUCCUUCGCUCCCAGAGUCCACACGGUGAAGAGUGACGGCCUCAUCAGGAACCUGUACAUCUGCAGACACAUCCGGACCGCCGGGAACGCUGCCAAGGGAUACGCAUUUGUGGUGAAGGUGGAGCGUGAAGGCCAGCAGGAGGCGCUGCUGGUCCAGAGGACCUUUGAAGAGUUUCAUGAACUUCACAACAAACUGAGACUCAUCUUCCCUUCAUCCAAACUGCCCAGUUUCCCGAGCCGGCUGGUGAUUGGUCGGUCCCGUGGCGAGGCAAUGGCCGACCGGAGGAAAGACGAGCUCAACGGCUACGUGUGGCAUCUGAUCCACGCCGCCCCGGAGGUCGCUCAGUGUGACCUCGUCUACUCUUUCUUCCACCCACUGCCCCGAGACGAGACGCCGGGACCAAGCAGCAGACCUGCAGAGGUGGCGUGGUCUCCGGCUGCAGGGAAAGACCUGGGCCAAGUCAAACUGUCCAUCUCCUACAAGAACGACAAACUCUUCAUCAUGGUGAUGCACAUCCGCGGCCUGCAACCCCUUCAGGACGGUACAGACCCUGACCCCUACGUGAAGCUCUACCUCCUCCCGGACCCCCAGAAGACGAGCAAGAGGAAGACCAAGGCAGCCCGCCGCACCUGUAACCCCACCUACAACCAGAUGCUGGUGUAUGAGCGGAUCCCCUGGGGGGACGUGGACCAGAGGGUGAUCCACCUGCGUGUUCUGGGAGAUGGGCCGUUCUGGGAGAACUCUCUGCUGGGGGAGACCUUCAUUCCUCUGAAGAGGCUCGUCCCAGGGCAGCACUGGGUGGACUGGCACCGGCUCGGCGCCGCCGGCACAGACCCCGCCCACUGACUCGGCCCAGUGACUCCUGACUGACACUGAAGCCCAGGGUUAAAAACAGAGGGAAGAAGAUGAGAGGUAGCAGCUAGAAGGGAUACGGCUACGGCCGGAAGUUACGCUACAUCUAUAUCAAAAUAUAUUUGUUUCUCUAAAUAUAAUAUUAUAAUCCUUCUAGCCUCUACCUUUAAAGGGAGAGUAGAGGGAGAUGAACCAUUCUCUUCAGGAAGACAGAAGACAAAAGGACAAGUCCUUUCAAAGUAAAAGCUGUGUUGCUGCCCCCCACCCCCCGAUCUGUACUUUAGUAGCAGAAUAAUAUGUAAACAAGUCAUCCAUCAGAUUCAUUUUCAUUUUUAAAAUGUUGAAACUGCACAAAAAGACUUAACACUUUGAAACUGUUGAUUUCUUUAGAUCAUCGAGUCCACAUCUGGACUUUAGAAUAUUAAAUUGAGAACAUUUUCAUUCGAGAUUUAUUUUAUACUUUUAAGACAAACUGCACAAAAGUCACUUGAAGUUAACAGAAAUGUUACACACACACGCA